GAGGUGCAUCCUGGGAAAUAAAGCAACAUGGGGAUCUGAUCCAAGCCGCACCAUGCAGCACCGACACCAUGACUGACUGAGAGACAGAGACAGUAAUAAUAAUAAUCAUCAUCAUAGAAUAAUCUGAUAUUAGGAGGAACCUUGCAGAUCCCCCAAGCUUGCCGGGCAGCCGGCGUGCAUUUCCCGAUUUAUCCUCCGAGAAUGUGAUCGCUCCUGGCCGCCGGAGCGAUCGUAUGUGUGCCUGCUUCGGGAAGGGCGAUCGGGGAAGCGCAUCCCUCCACAUCUCUGCCGGAUGAUGGACAGGAAUUACCCGGUUUCCAGCUUCGCAGAGCCGGCAGCUCCAACAGCACAGCCCGCAGCUUGGGCCUACGAUCGGGGCACCGCGGGCAUUAAGCCGAGCUUGAACUAUGAAUCCUCGCACCCAGAACCUGAGCUCAUCCACCGGCAGACCUACACUUCCACUCCUCAGAUCCCCUCCUACGCUGCUGCUCACCACCCCAUCGGCCUGUCUGGGAUCUUUGAUCCCAGUCUGCACACCACAGGUAGUAACACUACCGAAACGCCCGUCAUGAGCUUCCUGUCUGCUAUUGAACCCCGAACCCCCCAGGCUGGACCUGCUACUGCUUCCCUCCUUCCCCAGUUCAGGGCUCCGUCAUGGCAGACAGGCAUGAAUUCAUCUCCAGCUACAGAGCUGUUUAUCACUGGAGCCCUGCCUUCAUCAGGAACGUUCCCCUCCUAUCAGCACCCCAACAGCUUCUCCGCUCGGAGUUUCACCGCCCCCUCAUCGCUAGCCAUACAGGAUGCCGCCUUCAGCCUGCCCUCCAAUGGCUUGCUUUCCUCCCAUGAUCCUCUGCUGCAGAUUAAAUCUACCCAGGGUGCGGUUUGCUCUACCCUGACCUAUGAUCGCCUUGGUGCAACGGCCCUGAGUACCAGCGUCCCGCCGCAGUCCUCCACUUAUCGCUCCGCGCAGGAGUCGGCGCCGCACCACCUUCAGCCUCAGUUCAGCGUACUGCCUUCUGCGAUGGCUGGCCCUCAACAAGCCCCACAGCCUUACAGCCCGUCCGUCUUCACGGGCUCCGUCGAGAGAGCGCUUCAGCGGGAAUGUAGUGUGAUCAAGCACCAUCAGCGGCCUUCCAGCACCCCGUCGGUUCAGGCACAGCUGCACGGCAGCUCCCAGCAUUCCCUGCAGGGCUACCUGGCUGACAAGAGUGACACCCCCUUCCAGGACCCCUCACGACAGGCGGUCGUUCCUUGCAGCCCCUCAGGAGAUUCUACUCAGGUGAGCAGUGGUGGUCUACAACAGAAGACAUCUCAAGCCACACUGGAGCAAACUCAGGCCUAUGCCUCUUCUAUCCCGUCCCCAAAGUUUUCCCCAGUGCAGUCCGCUGCAAAAGUCAGCGACUCUUCCUCGAAAAAGACUCCGCUUCCCCUUGAGGUUCCCACAUCCAUCGGCGCCUCUCCUGACCAGCCACUGCAGAGCUACCCUUCUCCCACUCAGCAGCUGAGCCCGGUGAUUGCCAGCCAGUCGCAGGCUUACACAUCUGCGCAGCUGCCCAGCUUGAUGUCCGUCAGUCCCUCACAGAGCUACGUUACAUCCCAGAGUUUGCCAAACAGUAUCAACCACUCACAGAUGUAUUCUUCCAGUCAGUCCGAGAAGUUGCCUUUAUAUAAGAUCCCUACCACUUUUGCGGAUCAGUCUGUCAGUGUAUCUUCUGCAAACCUGGUGCAAGUUUACUCUUCCAGUCAGCCGCAGGGCUUGGCUCCGGCGGGACAUCGAGAGGACUAUGGAGUUCAGGCACAGGUGCUGUGUUCAGGGAACCCCUCUCAGAGGUAUCCCUCUGGUCACUCUCAGGAUUUGCCUGCUGUGAGCUACUCUGCAGCAUCCCAGAGUCUAGUGACAGUGAGUCCCUCUGAGAGUUACGAUUCAGGCCAGUCGUCUCAGUCCCUCACCUUUUCCUCCUCCCGUGGUCAUAAUAUGCCAACGCUGCAGCCAGCGCAGGACUACAUCCUUGCGCAUCCACCCACUGAUGGGAAAACGGAAAACACAGUGUCCCCACAGCCUCAGAAGUAUGUGACUGUUCAGCCUCCCUCUUUUGCCCCUGCCCCUCUUUCGGAAGCCUUACAGAACAACAGACCCUCUGAUGAGUAUAAGCAAUCUUACAACAGGAGAAAAGUAGGAUCUGAAUCAUUUGAUGCAACUAAACAGGAGGGAACGGAGUUUUCUGUUCCGGAUUUGCAGAGCCUACAGCAGACUUCCUUGGAGGCAUCAGCUCAAACCCUUGUGGGCGGCGACAUGGGAGCACAGCAUGUUGUAUAUGUCGUCUCCAAGAUGGAUGACCGGUACAACUCGCCGAGCGUGAUCAGGAGCAGCUUGCGUCCAGAGGACCAGAUGAACCCGGCACUCGCAGAGUCCAAAAAGAACAAUAGAAUGGCUUCCAUGAGCCAUCACGGACAUCACCUGUUAAGUGCAACCAGUCAAGCAGAGCUAGAUACCAAGAAGAAUUCCCCCCAAUUACAGACUUCACAUUUAAGCAUGAGCUCAGAGGAAAUGAGUCAGCGUAAAGAAGUGCAGCCUCAAGGCCAAGAGUCCGAGGCUGUGGGCAUCCAGCAUGGUCAGAUCCACGCUGCACAGCCACAUCUUGCACAGUUUAUUCGCCUGCCUAGUGCUCAGGUCCUGCUGGAGCCUGAGCGUGACCUACAAAUGAUAUUAUUGCAGCAGCCCAAUCUUCACCCAGGCACAGAACCAUCCAAAGUUUCAAAUCAGAUGCAGCAAAUUCCAAUGCAAUACCUGCAUAUGGACAAUCAAAUUAUUAGCCCCACCAGUGGGCAGAGCCAACAGCAACCUACUGUUCCUCAAAACUCCGAUAUCCUCAAAAUGGACCUCUCCGAUUCAUCGAAGUCACUCCACCAGCACCUGAUGCUGAAAGAGAACUUCAGCCAACCAAAUCAGCAGGAUGGAAAGCAGCACUUUGCUCUCAGCUCCAUCUGCUUUUCUGACUCCAUGCUUCUGGGCGAUGAGAGGAAUAUCUUGUCCAAUGUUGAUGACAUUUUAGCUGCUACUGCUGCUGCCUGUGGAGUCACUCCUCAGGAUUUUGUCAAAGCCACCUCCUCUGAAGGGGAAAUGACGUCAUUAGCAAGCCCUACAGAUGCAAAGGGACACUUUCAGUUGGUGGAAAGCAGACAUAUGUCUCCUAGCUUUUCCUCACAGCAUUCAGCUAUUUCCAACACUCAGACUAUUACCAUGUCUCAAAAUGGAGGCCACUUACCUAUGGGACUCCACUCCCUACCUAAAGGAGGUGUCACAGAUCACCAAGCACUUGACUUGUUAAACUCGCAUAGUUUGGCAACCUCUGUCAACUCUAUGUGCGAGAGGGUGGUCAGCUCUUCACAAAAGCCCCGAAGCAGUAGCCAUGGUUCAGUAGAGGACAAUGAGGAUGUGCCGGAAAAGCAUGCUAUGAACCACAGAAAUGGCAUAGAAUCAACUGGGAAGAGUAGCAGUGACAGGAGCCCGGUGUCUGAGAAUGACAUCCGCCUCACUAGCGAGGAGAGCAAUCAGAUGGGACUUGUAAGCAAAACCAAGCCGGCUCUGGGUAAGGAGCACAGCCAGUGUACCGAAAUGGAGAAUCUCAUGAUGGAUUCUUCUGCGGAUGGUUACCCCAAGAAGAAAAACAAGUGUAAAGGCUCCACAAAGCUACCUAAUGAGGAGGAGAACAGUCACCCGAAGUCCAUAAAGCGCAGUGGCCAGGGCAAGCGGCAGAACUCCCGUGGGAGUGACACCAACUCCCCCUCCACAUCUGAUACCUGCUACGAUGGCUACCAGCAGCAAGAGAGGAUGCGGCAGAAGAUCCGAGAGGUGGAGGAAAAACAGCCAGAGGUCAAAACUGGCUUCAUUGGAUCCUUUUUAGACUUCCUUAAAUCUGGACCAAAACAGCAGUUCUCAUCUCCACCGAUAAGAAUGCCAAACAGAUCCAGGAAGCCUUCUGCAUCAUCCAGGCGGGCCUCCUGCCCUCUGCCCUUGCCUCCCAGGCCUCAACCUCCACUGACGCCACUAAUGUCACUAGAAACCUGCAGCUCAAGUCCAUCCAAGCGGCUGGAUGAUGAGCUGAACAGAAACCUAGAGACCUUACCGUCUUUCUCUUCUGAUGAAGACGAUUCUAUGGGCAGAAAUCAGGAUCUUCAGAAGAGCAUCAAUUCUGCACUCUUUUCCCUGGAUGAAAGUGCAGAUAAAAGAAGCAAGCUAGAUAAACUUCCCAGCGCUGCUGUAAAGCCAGAGAAAUCUCCCAGCAUGCCUCUCACUGAACAAAUUGCCCAAGAUCAGCUUCAUGCUGCAGCCUCAGAAGCUCCUGUGCAGGAGUUCCUGAAGGACGUCCCCCUGGAUCAGCUCGCCAUGAAGCUGACGUCCGUGGCCAUCGAAGGCUUAACAGACGAGGAGCUGUCUGACAGUGGCGGGGAGGGGAUGUACCGCGAACGGGACGAAUUCGUCGUGAAAAUCGAGGACAUUGAGUGCCUGAAGAUGACCCUUAAAGCCGGACGGGAGCCACCCGCCAUCUGGAAAGUGCAGAAGGCCUUGCUGCAAAAGUUUGUGCCAGAAUUAAGGGAUGGAUCCAGGGUGUUUUCAGCUACUAACAGCUAUUUAGGCUACUUUGGAGAUGCAAAGACCAUGUAUAGACGAGUGUAUGUAAAGUUCAUCGAUACUGUGAACAAGAGGGAAUAUGUCCGUGUCUGCAACAGGAAACCGCGAUGCAAGCCGAUGCACUCAAUGAGAGGGUCGCAGGCCAAAGCCCUGUUUGGUCACAGGAUUACAGUCGGUUCAGCCUGUGCUGCAUCUGUGCCGAAAGCCGUGCCCACCAGGCCGUCGGCACGGCCCAAAACCAAGCAGAGCAAAGUGAAGGCAGAGCCGCCGCCCAAAAAGAGGAGAAGGUGGAAGGAGGAGUUCUCUCCUUCUCCCUCGGAAUCCUCCUUGGAGGCUCUGAGUGAAGAUGAUGAGUUCACACCUCCGGUCCCCUUUGCCUCACGGUUCCUGAACACCAGAACCAUGAAGGAGACCUUCAAGAGCUUUGUGGAGCUGUUGAUUAGUGUGGCCCUGGAUCCUGAUGUAAUGGAUGCACUGGAGAAGGAGAGCGAUGAGCUCCUACUUCCUCAUGUGAAGAAGGUGGAUGGGAUGAUCACAGACAACAGGAGGAGGCUGCUGCCCAAACUACGCGUUGGCCAGCUCUUCAAGAGUGCAUUGGACAACUUCCCAGAGUUAUCCCUGGUGACCGAAGCGAAGAAGGAUGAAGACAACCCCCCCUUUAAAGUGCGAUUAAGCGGAAAGGCCUACAACAGGAAAACCAUGAGGCCUUCCAAAGCCGCCAGCAAAGUACCACUGGAAUACACGGUGGACAAAGAGAAGAUACAGUGGAUCUCACUUUAUCACUCGCUUCAGCACUACAAGUACCACACAUAUCUGCUGUGCAAAGACGAGAUUGCAUCCCUGCAGACGGGGGGGCAGGACCUGGGCCAGGAGGAGACCGUGCAACUGUGCAUGCGAGACCGGCGCUGGGUGGAGAGCCUCUUUGACAAGUUUGGCCACCUGCUGACCCAGGUGCAGCAGACCUGUCUGUAGGCAGAGCAGGAAUGCCCCUCUGCUGUGACUGACACAGGUUCAGCUGAGUGGGGACGCCCCCCUCCCCCAUGACUGACACAGGCACUUCACACUCUGACGGGACUUUUUGAAAGCACUAAUGGACAUGCAAUGAGGUCCAGCUCGGCACGCUGCUGUCCAGGUCUUAUGUGCCCUUAGGAAUUUGGUAUUGGUCUCAGUCAUUAGAGGCCUUAAUACCAGAAAAAAAGUAAUUAAAUCACAUUUCAGAAGGGUUGUUAGACUUUUUAUUUUGAUUGCCUUGAUGGAUCAAGCAUAGGAAUCAACACUUUCGUUUUAUAUUAGUAUGUCUCAUCACAGUGUAUGAUCCAGACAGGUCAAAGUGAGGACUGUGUGUAGAUAUAAAUGCCUGUGUAUGUGUAAUGUUAAUACACACACACAUGUUGUAUGGAAAGACAUCCAUUCCUACAAUGGAGUGCCAAAUUUAUGUAGAAUAUUGUAUAUUUUGUAAAGAGAAGUUUUGUCAGUAUAUUGUCAAAGAGAGAAAUUUACAAAGGGUAAUAUAGAUGCUUCAAAGACUCCUUUCAUUAUAUAACACUGGUUAUACAUCUGAAAAUGGAGUUGGUGCAAUUCUAAUACCACUUUUUGUGAUGUAUUUUUAUUGUAAUGAAAUGCAAUUACCUGAACUAUUUUCUCUGAGUAAAAAAAUCAUUUAUACUUUGAAAAUGUACAUUUUAUUCACUAAUAGGUGUAUUUUUCACAGAAGAAAAUAUUGUGGUCCAGUUUGUUCCCUGUACUUUGUAAUACACUUUUAUUGUUCUCCAGAGAAGUUAUAGACUCUAUACAUUUAUAUGUCUAUUUCCUAUUGUACACUAUAUAUCUUAAGAUAAUCUCUUUGUUAUUAAAAGUUGGCCUCGAUUUUAACCAGAAAAUGCUUACAGUAUUGCAUUAGUUUUGCUUUACAAGUGUAGCCUUGUUACACACUGCAGUUAUUUUCUGAUAAAUGAAAAUAAAUUUCCUACUAAACCAGA